UUUGCGCUGUCAAAAAUCAAAGACGGCUGUGCGGAACGCAAGUGCCACUUUUAUCGAGAGCCUCGCUACAAAGUCAAACUUUUUUUCCUCUACGAACUCGAUCCUCCGGGUGUGUGAUUCCAGGAACCUACGAUGGCGUCCCUGUGCGGAAGAUUGAUGCUGAACGCGGCCAAGCGUAACAUUACCUACACGCCGGUGCGCUUCUGCAAAAUGAUGAACGACCCGAUUGAGCACGCGACCGGUCUGGAGAAGCGCGAGCUGCUGGCCCACCGAGCCGGCGACACCGAUCCCUUCGAUAUGCGUGUGUUCAAGCGCGGACCGGGCACCAAGGAGGCACCCAACAUGAUCCCGUCCGCUUUCGAGUCGCGCCUCGUCGGAUGCGUCUGCGAGGAAGAUCAGACUUACAUUCAGUGGAUGUGGCUGCACCAGGGUCACCCCAAGCGCUGCGAGUGCGGACACUGGUUCAAGCUGGUCGAGAAGGCCCCCAUCUAAGGAGCGUUUUACCAACACUUGUGGGGGAAGCAAGGCCAACCACAAAACACCCUGUAAUUGUAGAAAAAAGCAAACAAAACAACACACGUAUGUUACAAACAGAAACUUAAUAAAAAUCAGCAAUUAAAUUUCUCCAAAAACAAAAGCGACAUGUUAUGAGCCAAUGUGGGAAAAUAAAUUCAAAGACACACACACACAACAAGUAGUAGCCUAUGUGUGUUGUUGUUCGUUUGGUCGGUCACUAAUUGUUCCCAACGGUUUGUUGAAGAACACUGCUAAGAGAACCGCCCCCCCAGUAACAUUAAUAAUUCCGUGUAGUAUCCGUUCUGAUGUGCUCGUCGUUGUUCCAUGAAUGCGCUUCUCUGAUUAUUCAACGUGAUUAGUCCACGCUGCGUGCUAGUGUCAUAAAUCGAUACAAUAAACGAUUAAACGAAACGA